AUGAAUUGGACUGCGUGGCGGAUGGUAUCAUCGCUCGCGAAGACUAAGUGCACUGGAAAGGACUACGUUGGUUCUCCCCGGCCUUUAGGCCAGCAGUGGCUCCAGCUGUUUGCAGCCAAGGACCCGGAGAAGGAUUUGACUAAACUCUCCCGUGAUGAAAACAAUCGUCUUGCUCGUUUCGCCAGCCAACAAUACAAGUCUAUCGCAGACACAUCGGAUCCGGACUUGACCAAAUUCCGCGAUGCUAGAGGCAAGUUAAUCACCUAUCACGGCUUGAGUGACAAAAUCAUCACCUAUAAAUCCACUGAGCAACAUCACAAAUUUGUCCCCUUAAUCUCGCCAGACAUACGCGAUUUCUACCGCUACUUCGAAGUUCCAGGCAAAAAGCACUGCUACGGCGCUGCUGGUGGCGAGCCAACAGCAAUCUUCCGCCAGCUACAAAGUUGGGUGGAAAAUGGUACGGUGCCUGACUUAGAAGAUGACCAUUUGCGUCCACUUAAUCAUUGA